AUCCCAAUGACCAAAGCUCCACAGCCUCAAUCCCUCCAAAAUCCACUCCAGACUCAUCCAUCCCCUCGAAAUGGAACGACCCAACAUUUAUUGAGCAGCACAAACGUCAAAUUCUUGUUCCCGUCUCUUUCUUGGCCCAUCACCUUCUCCCUAUCUCCACCGGACUUUUUUCUCUUCCUUUUUCCUGCUUCUUCACUCUCUCUGCAAUUGAAUGAACUCCCAUGGCCACUCUGGAGGACAUUGGCGUGUCGGCGUUCAUUAACAUAGUCACUGCCUUCGCUUUUCUCCUGGCGUUCGCUCUGCUCAGGAUCCAGCCCGUCAACGACAGGGUCUACUUCCCGAAAUGGUACAUCGCCGGGUCGAGGACCAGCCCCAGGUCCCGGAACUUCGUGGGCAAGUUCGUCAACCUCAGAAUCACGACUUACUUGACCUUCUUGAAUUGGAUGCCCCAGGCCAUGAAGAUGAGCGAGGCCGAGAUCAUUGGCCACGCCGGUGUUGACUCUGCCGUCUUUCUCAGGAUUUACACUCUUGGCUUGAAGAUUUUUGUACCAAUUACAGCGGUUGCCCUCUUGGUUCUUAUCCCAGUCAAUGUAUCAGAUGGGACAUUAUCUUUCCUCAAGAGAGAUUUGGUUACGAGCGACAUCGAUAAGCUAUCAAUAUCAAAUGUUCGUCCUCAGUCAACAAGGUUCUUUGUUCACAUUGGAUUGGAGUACUUGUUCACUCUAUGGACAUGCUUCAUGCUAUUCAGGGAGUAUGAUAUUGUAGCUUCUAUGAGGCUGCGUUUCUUGGCUUCACAACGGCGUCGUGUUGAGCAGUUCACAGUAGUGGUUCAAAAUAUGCCUCGUGUUUCUGGCAAGUCAGUAUCAGAUACUGUGGAGCAUUUCUUUAAAACUAAUCACCCAGAACACUAUCUUUGUCACCAGGCAGUAUAUAAUGCAAACAAAUAUGCCGUACUUGUGAGAAGAAGAGAAAGGCUCCAGAAUUGGCUUGAUUACUAUCAACUUAAGUUUGAGAGGCAUCCUGAGAAGAGACCAACUAGCAAGAUUGGUUUUUGCGGGCUCUGGGGUGAACGAGUAGAUGCAAUUGACUACUAUAAAGAACGGAUCAAGAUUCUUGACAAAAGAAUGGCCGUGGAGCGUGAAGAAGUUAUUAAAGAUCCAAAGUCCAUUCUACCAGUUGCUUUUGUUUCCUUUAAUUCACGAUGGGGGGCUGCAGUUUGUGCACAGACGCAGCAAAGCAAGAAUCCCACCUUAUGGUUGACAAACUGGGCUCCAGAACCUCGGGACGUCUAUUGGAAGAACUUAGCUAUACCAUUUGUGUCAUUGACCAUUCGGAAACUUGUGAUAUCCCUGUCGGUGUUUGCUCUGGUGUUCUUUUACAUGAUACCGAUUGCAUUUGUGCAAUCUCUUGCCAAUUUGGAGGGUCUAGAAAGAGUUGCUCCUUUCCUCAGGCCUGUGAUUGAACUGAACUUUAUCAAGUCAUUCUUACAAGGUUUCCUACCUGGUCUAGCCCUUAAGAUAUUCUUGUACAUCCUUCCUACGGUACUGGUGAUCAUGUCGAAGAUUGAGGGGUACAUCGCAAUGUCGACAUUGGAAAGGAGGGCUGCUUCAAAGUACUACUACUUUAUGUUGGUUAAUGUCUUCUUGGGAAGCAUUAUAACAGGAACAGCGUUUCAGCAGCUGCAUUCUUUCUUGCAUCAGUCAGCUACUGAGAUACCGAAGACCAUUGGGGUGUCGAUACCAAUGAAAGCUACUUUCUUUAUUACCUACAUAAUGCUUGAUGGUUGGGCUGGGAUUGCUGCCGAGAUUCUCCGUUUAAAGCCAUUGGUCAUAUACCACCUUAAGAAUAUGUUUUUGGUGAAGACUGACCGGGACAGGGGAAGGGCCAUGGACCCUGGAAGUGUAGAUUUUCCAGAGACUCUCCCAAGCCUCCAGUUGUACUUUCUUCUGGGAAUUGUUUAUGCUGUGGUUACUCCGAUUCUUCUUCCUUUUAUUCUGGUGUUCUUUGCCUUUGCAUACUUAGUAUACCGUCAUCAGAUAAUUAAUGUCUACAAUCAGCAAUAUGAGAGUGUUGCUGCAUUCUGGCCUCAUGUUCACAGCCGCAUUAUUGCAAGCUUAUUGAUAUCUCAACUUCUGCUAAUGGGGUUGCUCAGUACCAAAGAAGCUGCUAGUUCAACUCCUUUGCUUGUUGUAUUACCGGUGUUUACGUUGGCAUUCCACAAGUAUUGCAAGCAUCGGUUUGAACCUGCCUUUAGGAAGCAUCCACUUGAGGAAGCAAUGGCGAAAGAUUUAGAGGAACGAGAAGAAGAACCGAACCUUAACUUGAAAGCAUACUUAGCUGAUGCGUACCUGCACCCGAUUUUCCGGUCAUUUGAGGUGGAGGAAGAGGAAGUAGUUCAAGUCGCAGCCGACAAGCACCAAUCUCAUGUAGCCAGCCCUUCUGGAAGCGAACUUAGCUCGCCCUCACCUAUCCAUCACGCUUAUCACUACGAAGUUAAUACACAAAAUUACUAUUCUUAUCAUUAUGAGGCUGAGCCUUGAAGCAACAGGUCCUCAUCUGCUCGCUUAUGAAAGCCUAACCUAUUUUUUCCAUCUUCUAACAAUCUCUCUGUCCUAUAUAAUUACUUAGCUUUGGAGUGACCUUUUUUUUUUUUCCGCAUUUCUAGUUUCCUUGUUUGUAUUUGUCCUUCUGUGUAAAUUUGAGUGAAUGUAACUUUCUGUUCAGACAAACUCUGAUGAACAUGAAGAUGCUAUAGAUUUUUGUUGUCUUCUCUUUGGCUUCA